UCAAUCAGAGAAAUGCGGUGGUUAGAUAGAAGAGUAGGUGAAAAUUAGCGAACUGCACUCAUGUUCUCUGCCAGGGUUCACUCGAUAGACCUAUUAUGUUGCUGUGUUUUGUUGUUUUAUUUAACGUAAGUCCACGCAAGGUAUAGUGACCUAUACCAUCACACUUUGAAAUCUACCUCAAGUUGAAAGUUAUGUUGCUAGCGCGCUAGCCUCAGAAAACAAACGUGAUCAUUGGCUUGCAACCAACAAUGCUGACUUCACCCAACGUUUUCAUCAAAUCUGCUGUCUCACUGGUGUCACGGUCUUUUUGGAGUCGAGGUAGUGUGUGGUGUCAGAACAGGAACGUUGCUGUGAAGACAGGAGGAUGGAGACAAAAGAAAGUUCCCCCAAGAUAUCUUGGCCAGCCCAGCCCCUACACCCACCCACACCUUCUCAAACAUGGGGAGGUGACCCCAGGGCUGACCCAAACGGAGUAUGAGCUUCGCCGGCACAAACUGGCCUCCCUCAUCGCAGCACAGGCCGAAAAGCAAGGGUCCGCCUCCUUGCAGGGCGCCGGCUCCUCCCACAUCGCCGUGGUCCUCUCCCACCCCACCCGCUACAUGACCAACGACAUCCCCUACCCCUUCCACCAGAACCAGGACUUCCUGUACCUCACUGGCAUCUUGGAACCGGAUAGCGCGCUGAUUCUGUGCUGUCCGCCCCGGCCAGAGCGGGCCAUCCUCUUCGUGCCCCGCAGGGACCCGGCCCGAGAGCUGUGGGACGGGCCCAGGUCCGGGAAGGACGGGGCGUCGGCGCUGACGGGCGUGGAGAGGGUCCACAGCACCGAGGAGCUGGGUCUUGUGCUCAGGAGCUUGAAAGGCAGCACGUUGUGGUACGACGGGUCCCCGCCCUGCCACCCGCAGCUCCACCACGCCCACGUACGCCCCCUGCUUGAAAGCGGGCCCAUGGUCCGGCCCCUCAGGCCGCUCAUCCACUCUCUGAGGGCCAUCAAAAGCCCUGCGGAGGUGGCCCUGAUGAGGGAGGCAGGGCGCAUCACAGCACAGGCAUUUAAGAGGACUAUGGCCAUGUCUCAAGGGGAUGUGGAUGAAGCUUUACUGUAUGCCAAGUUUGAUUUUGAGUGUCGUGCCCAUGGUGCCAACUUCCUGGCUUACCCCCCUGUGGUCGCUGGCGGCAACCGUGCUAACACGCUGCAUUACAUCAACAACAACCAGAUUGUAAAGGAUGGGGAGCUGGUUCUGUUGGAUGGGGGAUGUGAAUAUUUUGGCUAUGUCAGUGAUGUCACCCGCACCUGGCCAGUGAACGGAAAGUUCUCUCCAGCCCAGGCGGAGCUGUACCGGGCGGUUCUGGAGGUGCAGAUGUCCUGCCUGUCACUCUGCAGUCCCGGCGUCAGCCUGGACCACAUCUACAGCACCAUGCUGGCGCUGCUGGGGCGCAAACUCAGGGAGCUGGGCAUCAUACCUGGCACGGCCAGCGAUGCCGACGCACUCAAGGCAGCCCGCCGAUACUGCCCGCAUCAUGUGGGUCACUACCUGGGCAUGGACGUCCACGACACCCCUGAACUCUCCCGUUCCCAGCCCCUGCAGCCUGGCAUGGCCAUCACCAUUGAACCCGGGCUGUACAUUUCUGAGAAUGAUGAGGGAUGCCCCGAACGAUUCCGGGGACUUGGAGUGAGGAUCGAGGACGAUGUGGUGAUCCAGGAGGAAGGGGGGCCAUUGAUCCUGUCUGCAGAUACCCCCAAAACCAUCCCUGACAUCGAGCAUGUCUGUGCACGAGGUUGAAAGAAAGUAGGGGGUGAGACAUGGGACUAAACUAUGGUCUUUAAACCGGCACAAGCAUGAGGGAGAGAAUGGAAGGCGGAUAUCGCAAAGUCCCUCUCCACUCAAGCAAGGAAGGUAGAAAUGUGGGUGUGUUCUGUAAACUGGUAAUGUGAAUCUCUACCAUCACUGUACCUAACUGUGAAUGGACUGUUUUG